AUGUCUGAACCCGCUGUCGGCUUCACCCGGCCCCCGCCAAAGCAGUACUCCGAGGAGGACAUCCUCGCUCUUCCCAACAACCUCUCCAGCGCCCCCUUCAUGAAGGAUCUGAAGGAGAAGGGAUUCUGCGUUAUUCCCAAUCUGGUUCCCAAGGAGAAGUGCGACCAGUACAUCGACGACGCCCUGACUUGGCUCGAGGCGUUCGACUUGGGCUUCAAGAGGGACGACAAGUCGACUUGGACCCAGGAUCAUCUGCCCGCGCAUGGAAAGGGUGGACUGUAUAACCGCUAUGCUUGUGCCCAUGAGGACUGGAUCUGGCGAAUCCGAUGCGAGCCCGGCGUCAUCAAGGCUUUUGCCGAACUAUGGGGCACCGAGGAGCUCAUCGUCUCGUUCGACGCCGUCAACGUGACCUUCCCAUACGGCGAGCACGGUCGCAAAGACGUUGACUGGAUCAACCCCUGGCCCCACCAAGAUCAGGACCCGAACCACCCCAUCUUCCAGCUCGCGCAAGGCAUCUUCACGUGCAGCGAGUCUGGGCCCGAGGACGGAGGACUUUGCGUCAUGGCCAAGAGUCACUUGAUGCACCAGAAGUUCUUCGACGCCAACGGGGGGGUGGAUGAGUCCAGGACCAAGACAGCCCUCAACUCAUACCACUUCCGAAAGGAGGAGGCUGACUGGUACAAAGCCAAUGGAUGCUAUGAGGUCAAAGUCGAAGCUCCUGCUGGCUCCAUUAUCAUGUGGGACUCUCGUCUCAUGCACUGGAACCGUCUCCCUACUGGCGAUCGCAUCCGAGUUGCCGGAUAUGUAUGCUACCAGCCGCGCAGCCAGGCAACCGAGGAGCAAUUGAAGCGGAAAGCCGAGGUGUUCCACAACCGCCAGGUCGCUACUCACUGGCCCGCCCUCAACGAUGUAAGGGAGCUGUAUCAGGGUGGACCUACGCGAGACGGCAAGCCAGACCCUGCUAACCGAACCCGCCCGACCAAGGAGCCUACGGAGACGGACACGCUCCUCAAGCUCGCCGGUGUCAAGGCGUACUAG